ACUACAUGUACAUAGUUGGCUCUUUACAUGUUAGACUAGAGCCUACUAGAGGUGGAAAAGUUAGAAAACUAUACAUUACGAGUACUUUUUACUUGUUUGUUAGCAUUUCAGGACCACUUCUCUUAAUUCAAGAGAGAAUCAACUAUAAAUAUCGUGAGUUUCGACCAGUGAAACAGAGACAACAAGUCUGAAGUCAUCACAUAUCACACUGCCAGUCACUGGCACUGCACUGACUGACUGACUCGAUCGAGGCGAAGCGCAUACCAUACGCCAGGGCCCAGGCGAGGCCGGGCUGCCUAAGCUAAUUCAGGCUUAGCGCAAGGUAGGCCUUCAUUCAAGCCUAGUUUACGCGUGAAGACCUUCCAGCUACCUGCUCACUCGGGAUCUUGUCUUUGCCUUCUGUCUUUGCCUGUGACUGUGACUAGCUGUUGGAGACGGGAUGCGGCAAGUGGCACACUGCAAAAUAAUUUGAUUUUUUGCCUGUUGCCUUCAAACCAUGGAUCGAAGACCUUUAGAUCGAGUGUUUUUUGUCUACGAUCACUCUGUUAUUCAGAGGGAAGAAGAUGAUCCGAAAGAUGCCAUAGCGUACUUUUAUCCUCCAAAUUUUCCAAUCGACACCCAAUGUUUGCUGUGCGGACAACUAAUGGGGAUGGUCAACUUUUUGAAGAUCUUGUGUUCAUCAGAGCCUCGUAUCUUCAAACUCAGGAAGAUGAAAGUCACAACAAAGCAUGAAGGAAAUUUUACUCUGGCCUUGGCACAUGAUCCUAAGCUAUCAGAUACAGUUGCCAUAGCAAUGGUUAAAAACCUUUACGACUUGUUCUGCAUGUACCAUGGUUCUCUUACAAGACUCUUAAAGCACUGUCAUGGCAACAGGGAGACAUUCUCUUCCCAGAUGUCAUCAAUAUGGAAUUGUUACUUGCCAUUCAUACGUCACCAUGGAAGCAACAUGAAGAUGAUCUUCCAUGCAGUACCGACUAUAGAACUACCCAAGAAAUGUGGAUGGAUUUUUCUCAAGUGUUCCCACCUUCUGCAAUGGUUAAAACGGAAACCAUGGUUACUAGCUGGUUGUAUUCUCUACAAAAAUAAGGUGUUAUGUACUCAGAUGACCUCUGACCUUAUGAGUAGGUUAUUUCUAGUCAAGGCUUCACAAAGCCCUUUUCCAGGAGAAAAGAUCACAACAGAUUUUGACUUGCCUUUUGGAGUGCGCCUCUUAUCCAUUUAUCUUCGCGACAAGGAGUACAAACUAUUCGCAAAGCAGGAGAGUGCAGCCGAUAUAAGGCAUGGACAAGGGGUUGCUAUGUCAGAGGGAUCUGUUGAAAGUAAUGAUGAAAGUCAUCAAAAAGAGGAAUCAGGGUCGGGAGAUGGUGAUCAAAUGUCAGUAACAACUCUACCGUAUCCACGACAACUCGAGGAAGAUGGGAGCAACAGGUGCAAUAGAGACUCUUCUGAGAGUGAUGCUGGGCGGAGAACAAGCAGUUCUCCAGAAAGCAGUGAUGCCAUCAGCCAGUUUACAGAGACCAAUGAUGCAUUGAUGGACCCUGGAAGACAUCGCUGUCACCAUGGUGAUGAGGAAGAUACUAAAUGUUCUUUAACAGAUGAGGAGAUUGUAGUAACAGAAUGCAGAAGAAAUAUUCCUGAAUUCGAGGGUAGGAGACAAGAACAUUUAAGUGAUGGUGCCAAGACCAGUGAGGAUGCCAAGGUCAUAGAUAUUGGGAACCAAGAGGCUGAAGUGACACGAGACAUUGACAACUUCAGAGAAUCUGGGAAAAGUCAAGAUAGAGAAGAUAUUCAUAACAAGUCAAAUCAUGAACAUAGCAAAGUAGAAGCCACUGGCAUUGCCUUUGACACAAAAGUUAGUGAGAUUAAUGGCAUCAUUCACAAUCAUGAAGACAUUAUUUGUGGUUAUAACAAUAAGCAUUUACGUUCUCACAUUAGUAGUUCACACUCAAAUGAAAGUAAGGACAAGGAAACAGGACUAUACCAUUCUGGUGAAGAAGAAACCAGCAGCAAGACUGUAAUCUCAACAGCAGUAUCUGAACUGAAUGCAGGUUGCAUUGGUGACUUUCUUUUGCCAAAGGUUGAAGUGAACCAUGCUGUGGAGAAUCUUGAAGAUGAACCCUUUGAGAUCCAUAUCAACCCACUAGACAGUGAGUCAUCUCCGGAACAUUCAGACUCUUCAGGCAAUGCAGGAAUGGCCAGACGUAUGUUGGAGCCAUUAGCAGAUGACAAUGGGAACAUUCUCCCCCAGGAUGAAUUUGCACAUUUAGAUAGGAUGGAUGCAGGGGCUGGUGAAUAUAGUCAGGCAGUUGGAUUGAGGAAUGGUGGAGAUGAUAGGAUGUUGGGGAAUAUCCAGGAUUCUAUUACUCUGAGCAAAAAUAACAGCCACAGUAGGGAUUCUUUGAGUCAGGAAAGGUUACCUGCGAUGCAGCAAUUGCCGCAAAGUGGUGGGCAACAGCCUUCUUUGAAGACAACCUUCUCACAUUCCUAUAGCAAUGAACACAUUCCACAUGGUACUGAGCCAAACUUUGCCAAACAUGAAGGAAAUGUGGACUAUUCUUCAGUUCCUGAAUACAGUACUCCCAAGGCUUCAAGGAAUCUAAGCAGAUCUGGAGCUGAUGAUGCAUCUACAGAUUCACUAAGGCAAACCGAUCAGACAUCUUAUUGUGCAAACUCAGCUCUGCUCACUGACAACUCUGAUCAAACCAACCAUCCCAACUCGAACACUGUUCAACCCACCAGUGACCAAGGAUCAGGGUCUAUGGCUGUUUCAGUCCAGCAUGAUUCUGUAGCUUCAGACCAGCCUAAGGAUAAUCCUCAGUCCCCUACAGGAUGCCUUGUCAGAGCAGAUGGCACAAGGAGAAAAGGAUGGACUCGUUCAAGAUCCAGUCUUAGUCUCACAUCACCUACUUCAGGAAAGAAAGUGAUCUCUCAAGAAGCAUCAGAGGAAGAAAGAACAAAGGUUGAAGGUAUGGUCAAUGUUUCCCUCUAUGUCCAAGCACAUUCCGACACGAUGCUGAUCUUCCUUGGAAAGAAAGAUUGGAUCCAGGAUAGGAAAAGACUUCUAGAUAUGUGGCAGUCACUUGUCAUGAAGCUCUCAGAGCUAGAACCUGAACUUCAGCAAGUAUUGGACGAUAAAGUCCCACACCAGGAGCAAGAUCAAGUCUACAACUUUCUUCAGUUUAGUCCUUUUGAGAAAUCAGUCAAAACCAAUACUGCUAGUGUCCUGACAAUGGAGAAUAAAGAAUUUGGGAAUGUUGUUGAUGCAAUGCAUGAAAUGUUUGUCUCCAAAGACCAAGUCAACCAUCUUGUGAUGAGAGGUCAGCACAGUACAGUGAUUGGGAGUCAGAACGACGCUUACCAGACCUACUACCAGCCAUUGAGGCCGCAAUCCAGUUUUACCACAUCGACAUCGUCGUCGUCGUCACCAUCACCAGGUUCGUCGUCUACCAUCAUGCAUGCAACCUCUGCCAUGGCAACAAGACAGGGUAAGCUAGAGGUCCAGGCGGAGAAGAUUCUCUUGAGAGAUCAUGGGAUCCGAUUUAUGUAGCAUGUUCUUGUUGUCUUCACCACCAUCUACAUCACCAUCUUCAACAUUAUCAUUGUUGUACAUUAGAUAACAAUAUUGUUCAUAUUGAUAGCUUACCUACAUAACAACGGUGCUAAAGGGACUCCCAUGUUGAUCUGGCUUAGCUCAGUUUCAUAUUUACAGUGUGCAUGGGAUUCAAGAAAAGUCAUUCGUGCUGGGAUAUGUUACACCUGGAUGGAGAGUGGCAAAUGUAGAUUAAUGUCUUGCAAACAGACUUAAGUGUGGCAAUGGGAUUCAAACCCAGAACUCUUGGUUCAGAGUCUUGGGGACUUGACCACUGGUCCAUGACACCACAUCAUCAUCAUUGUCAUCAUCUUUAUUAUCAUUGUCAUCAUCUUUAUCAUCAUCAUUAUCAACAUCU